GGGUGAGCGAGACUGGGGUUGUUGGCGAGAAGUGAACCCGGAACAAGAGACAGGGUGAAGCAGCCCCAUGCAGCAGUUCCCUGCUCUCUGCUGGCUCUGUGCUGAGAUGCUGGCCCCUGUGAUUUCAGUGUUUCCAAAUUUGACCUCCUGUAGGCUGUGACGUGUUUUGAAAUGUCCUGCAGUUAUGAGAGUGCAAGGAGGGCAGGGAUGUUUAGACCUCUGCCUGUUUCCUUCCCAGCUGUAAGACUGAAGCCGUACAAACCAACCUGGACUUCAUGGAUCUUUAACCUGAUCAGUCUUGAAGUGAAUACUUCCUCUGAGCAUGCAGGCAUUUGUAACUCUUUGUGUUAAAGCAAUGAAGUCAAAAAUCUACUUUAAAGUUCUUGUGCUUGCGUCCCUCCUGGUGUCUGCUUUUCUGGUGCUAAGUUUACAUGUGACCUAUAGGCUGACUGAGGACACUGGUAGAUCAGAUCUCCGGGCUCUGCUCAAACAAGUGAAGAGCAAGGAUGACGAAGACAAGAUGGUGGACCAGAGGUCUGGGAUCAACUUUGAGACUCUGCACAGUCGGCAACAUGAACCACCUUCUUGCCGGAAGGGGCAGGUCCUCUUGAUCCUGGUGACAUCUGCCCAGCCCAACAUUAACCGUAGGAACACUAUUCGCAACACAUGGGCGCUGGGCUGGGAGGACAGUGCCUUCCCUUGGCAAGUGGUCUUCUUGGUUGGCCAGGCCGCAGGAGAAGGGGCAGCCAACCUAAUCCGAUCGGAGCAGGAAGUGUUCCAGGACCUGUUGGUGGGAAACUACCUGGACACUUACAGAAACUUAACACUAAAAGUCAUGCACGGGUUAAAAUGGGCAGUGAGCACUUGCCAGCCUUUGUACAUCCUCAAAACCGAUGACGACUGCUUCGUAAACACGGACAGGCUGCCUCGCUUUCUAGUUCAGGACAACCCGAUUCGGACUGGACUUUAUGCCGGCUCCCUGUUUGCACCCGAGAAGCGGGAGGUCAUCCGAGAUCCUUGGAGCAAAUGGUAUGUGUCAUGGCAGGACUAUGGGAAAGAGCGGUACCCUCCCUACGUGAGUGGGGUGGGCUACGUGCUCUCCCUGGAUGCAGCUGCUGCAAUCCUGAGGGUAGCAGCCUGGGUCCACCCCAUUCCUGUCGAGGAUGCGUACGUCGGGAUCCUGGCGGAAGCGGCUGGUAUCCCUGCGCUGUCAAGCAGCCGCUUCACCAAGCACAACGUGAACUGGAGAGUGUGCAACUACAGGUACCUGAUGGUCAUUCAUCACCUCAGCACACAGGACCAACGCCUAGCCCACAGCAACAUGGUCCAGGCCCGCACAGCGUGUUCUGGUAAUCCCACUAUCACCAGAUGGAGCUGACAGUUUUGCUCAGACAUGAUCAAACCCUUUAGUCACCCCGGAUGAAACGACUUUGUACAGUGGACAGAGUCCAGAACAAAGGGACACAGUCUUUAGAAGCACAGAUACAUUGAAAAUUGCAGCAGGAGGAGGUCAUCUGGCACUUUGAGCCUGCCCUGCCAUUCAGUAUGACCAUGGCUGAUCAACCAAUUCAGUCUAUUGUUCCUCCUUCCUUCACAUACCCUUUAGCCCCAAGAACUAUAACUAACCCCUACUCAAUAUUCAAUGAUUUUCCCCCAACAACUUUCUGUGGCAGAGAUCCACGUGCUCACCACUGUCUGGGUGAAGAAAUUUCUCUUCAUCUCAGUCCUAAAUGGUUGGUUCCAUGUCCGUGAGACCCCCCCCUCCCAUUCCCGGCUCUGGAUUCUCCAGUCAUCAGGAACUGGGAAAGUUGGUGGGAUAACAGCCAUGUCAGUGGGUUGAUGAUCCAGAACCCCAGGUGAGUGUUCUGGGGCCAUGCGUUCAAACUACAUCACAGCAGAUGGUGAAAUCUGAAUCCGAUAACAAUCUGCAAUGAAGAGCUGGCCUACCAGCUAGAGCAUAACCGCUGCCAAUUGUCAUAAAAACCCAUCUCUUCACUGAAGCUCUUUAGGGAAGGAGAUCUCUCAUCUUUACCCGGUUUGGCCUACAUGUGACUUCACAUUCUCAGCAAUACUGCUGACUCUUAAUUACCCUCUGGGUAAUUAGGUAAGGGCAGUCAGUAAGGGCCUAGUCAGUGGCACCCACAACCUGUGAACAAAUAAAAAAAAAUCCUUCCAAAGUUUGCUUGUAUAGAAUUUUAUAGGUUUCUAUGAAAGCCCCCUCAUUCUUCCAUACUCAGAAGACUGCGGGUUCAAAUUCCAUUCCCAAGCCUCAAGCACAAAUUUUACACCAUGCUCCACCGUGAUAUUAACUGAUGUCUGGGUAACAGACCCCAUAACAUUAUAAUUCCAAAUGGGAUACCCUCAAAUGCUCCUGGCUGAGGACUGGCUCCCCUUAUUAUUCAAUCCAUCCCUUUACUGGUCGCAACAGUUUAAUUUGGAAAGGGAUUCCUACCUCGUGGAUACGUGAAAUAUGUUUUAAAAGAAGCCAAUUUAACCAGGGUUUCCUGAGUUCAAGAAAGUAGGAUUACUAGCUACUAAACCUUAGGGAAAGGUAACUAAACAUGACUGCAAAUGUGUUG